AUGACGCUCAAUGAAAAUUUCUAAGAGAAGUUUUACGUCAUGUAGGGCAUAUAUAAUGAUGCCAUAUUUAAUAAUGCACCGAAGUAUUAAUUCAGUCACCGCGAGAGAAUUAUUACAAAGUUAAGCAGAAUCACAUCCAUAAAGGAGGAGUACAAAAGAGAUCAAAGUAUUUGAAUCAAUAAAUAUAAAUUCAUGUAUUUAUGAAUAUCAAUAUAUUUAUAAAAUAGAUGCAUAGAAAGUGAAAUUAUUCAAUGCUUAAGUGAACAAAUAAAUAAAUAAAUAAAAAUUGCAUAAUUCUAUUUUUCCAAUUUUUAUUAAGGCAAGUUUCUGUCAUAUUCAUAAUCGAAUCGAUUCUUACUUGGAAAGUGUUGAGCGAAAGGAGAACAUCGACUAUACCAAAUUAUCAUUAUACAUUUCUUUUUUAAGAUAAUCAUUUUUUCCAUCUCAAUCAAUAACUGAAACAGAGAACCAUGGCAUAUUAUUUGAUAAUAAUAUGCGCUGCCGUUGCAGUACUUCUGGCUUAUUAUUAUAUAUUAGUAUUUAAUUUCUGGAAGAAGCGCAAUAUCUCAGGACCAAAACCAGUAUUCUUCUUUGGAAACGUUAUAGACAUCAUGUUUUCCGGAAUAGCUUUGCCACAAUAUAUUAAAAAACUUUACGAAACCUAUACGGGCAGAAUGAUUGGGUUAUACAUGAGAACGACACCCGUACUAGUUUUAAAAGACCCGGAGUUGAUCAAGGAUGUUCUCAUCAGAGACUUCUCGAAAUUCACUGACCGAGGAUUUAAUGUUCAUGAAAGAGUCGAACCAUUAUCGCAGCAUCUGUUCAAUUUGGAAGCAAAAAGAUGGCGUCCAUUGAGAUCGAAGCUCACUGUGUACACAUCUGGCAAAUUGAAAAAUAUGUUCGAUCUGAUCAUUGAAUGCGCGAACUAUUUCGAAAAAUAUCUGGAUAAAAUGGUUGCGCAGGGAGAACCUGUCGAUUUUCGUGAGAUAACAGCAAAAUUUACAACGGACGUGAUAGGAUCAUGUGCCUUUGGGAUCAACAUGGGUGCACUGUCAGAUGAAGAGAGCGAAUUUCGUAAAAUCGGCAAACAAAUUUUCGAACCAUCUUUGGAGGCGAUAAUACGAAUGAAAUUCAAACUGAUGAUGCCGAAACUGUACGACUUGUUGGGUUACAUUGUGCCUGACAGAAGACUUGCUCCGUUUCUAACCAAGGUCGUCGUAGAUACUAUGAAAUACAGAAAAGAGAACAACGUGUAUAAACCUGACUUUAUACAUACGCUUAUGCAACUUAAGGAAGACCCAGAAAAGUUACACGAUCUUGAAUUAACAGACUCUUUGAUAACCGCACAAGCUUACGUUUUCUUUGCUGCUGGUUUUGAAACUGGCUCGACGACAAUGAGCAAUGCACUUUACGAACUCGCCCUGAAUCCGAAAAUUCAAGAGAAGUUACGCGACGAAAUCAACGAACACUAUAAGAAACACAACGGAGAGUUAAAUUACGAGCAUAUUAAAGAUAUGGAAUACUUGGACAAAGUAUUUAAGGAAACAUUAAGGAUGUAUCCACCAGGAACUCUGAUACCAAGAAAAUCAAAUUCAGAAUAUAUCUUCCGAGAUUCGCAAAUCAGUAUACCGAAGGGUGUGAUGGUGUGGAUUCCCGUAUACGCGAUUCAUCGUGAUCCCGAAAUUUAUCCGAAUCCUGAUGUUUUUAAUCCGGAAAAUUUCACUCGAGAUGCCAUUGAUGCUCGACAUCCGAUGCAUUAUUUACCAUUCGGCAGUGGACCAAGAAAUUGUAUCGGUGCACGUUUUGCUGUUUAUCAAACCAAAGUGGGUAUAAUCACGAUUCUUCGCAAGUAUAAAGUGGACAUUUGCGAGAAAACCAUGAUCCCUUAUCAAUUUGACCCAAGUGCAUUUCUCCUAGCUCCAAAAGGAGGGAUUUGUUUGAAGAUAACAAAAAUAUUCGCAACUACUGAUUUCAGAUCAUCGAGCAAAAUGACCAACUAUUUCGAAAUUCUAUGCGGCAUGGCAGCAUUGCUUCUUGCUCUCUACUACUAUGCCACAUUGACUUUUAAUUUCUGGAAAAAUCGCGGAGUAAUUGGGCCACAACCUCUACCAUUCCUUGGUAACACCAAUGAACUUAUGUUCGCGAGAAAAUCAAUACCUCACUAUCUCAUGGAAAUUUACGAUACCUAUAAAAACGAACCAAUGGUUGGUUUGUACAUGAGAAGAUCGCCUCUGCUUAUUGUGCAAGAUCCAGAAUUCAUCAAGGAUAUUUUAAUCAGAGACUUCCCCAAAUUUGCGGACCGAGGAUUCCAUGUUUAUGAAAGGACGGAACCGCUAUCUCAAAGUAUCUUCAACUUGGAAUCAGAAAGAUGGCGACCAUUGAGAACUAUGUUCUCGCCGAUAUUCACAUCCGGCAAGUUGCGAGAAAUGUUUUACCUUAUAAUCGAGUGCUCGCAGCACCUGGAGAAAUAUUUGGACAAGCGUGUGGAGAAAGGAGAGCCUAUCGAAUGCUGCGAGGUAACGGCAAAAUUCACAACUGACGUAAUCGGUACAUGCGUCUUUGGUAUCGAGAUGAGCGCAAUGGCAGACGAAGACAGCGAAUUCCGUAAAAUGGGCAGGGAAGUAUUCGCUGUGAAUGUGGAAAACGUCAUUCGACAGAAGAUGAAAUUGUUCAUGCCAAAGUUGUACCAUUUGCUCGGUUAUAUAAUACCCGAUCGAAAGUUAGCACCAUUCUUUAUAAAAAUUGUGACUGACACUAUAAAGUACAGGAAGGAGAACAACAUCGUUAGGCCAGACUUUAUCAACAUGCUGAUGGAGGUGCAGAAACAUCCGGAGAAGUUUGAAAACAUCGAACUGACAGAUUCGCUACUCACAGCGCAAGCGUUCAUAUUCUUCGCAGCGGGUUUUGAAACUUCCUCUAUGACUAUGAGCAACGCUCUUUACGAAUUAGCUUUGCAUCAAGACAUACAAGACAAGCUUCGCGAGGAAAUCAAAGAGCAUUGUUGCGAGAAUGAUGAAGAGUUGAAAUUCCAAGAUAUCAAAGGAAUGCAAUAUUUAGAGAAAGUAUUCAAAGAAACGUUGAGAAUGUAUCCGCCAGGAGCAUUCAUACCGCGGAGAACGAAAUCGACCUACACCUUCAACAAUACGAAAGUUACGAUACCACAGGGAACACUGAUAUGGAUACCAGUGUUUGCGAUUCAUCGUGACCCAGAUAUUUAUCCGAAUCCUGAUUUAUUUGAUCCCGAAAGGUUCAAUGAAGACGCCGUGGCUGCCCGACACCCUAUGCAUUAUUUACCAUUUGGCGAUGGUCCAAGGAAUUGCAUCGGUGCACGUUUCGCAAAUUAUGAAACCAAAGUUGGACUAAUUACGAUUCUUCGCAACUACAAGGUAGAAGUCUGCGAUAAGACGGUAAUUCCCUACGAAUUUGACCCAGGCGCGUUUGUGACAGCACCAAAAGGAGGAAUAUACUUGAAAAUAACGAAAAUAUGAAGCGAGUGCUGAAAAAUUCUGUUGGAUAAUUUUUAAAUUUGCUCAAGCAUCAUAUAUUUAUGUAAAUUUCGCAAAAACCUAGUUCGUGUUACGGACAUGCAAAUAAUCGUUUCUAGUCAAAAGAAAUAGAUAUGGGUACUCUUGUUAUUUAGAUUAGAAUCAUCGUUCUAGUAAUCUGUUUAUUCGAGUAACGUAUAAGUUUCUUUAUUGUAAAUUUAAACAUCUAUUUAUAUAUCCAUAUCUUUCCCAUUGUUUCACACUUAACUAUAAAAUAGGAUUAGGAUUAAAUAACUUAUACCGUUAUUAAUGUAAAUGAAAAUUGUAAUCUGAAAGAUUUGCAAGUGCCUUUAAUAAACAAAAUGUUUAAAAUGU